AUGCCGACAGCCUUCUGGAAUUCAUGGCAGCUAUGGGAGCGGAUGUGUUUUGUCCUUGCCUCUGGCAUCAUCGUUGUCAUCGCUUUGGGCUGUUUGAAACUAACAUACAACCAUUGGCGUCUACGCAAAUACACCAAAAUUAGAGCCGACAGGCUUGCUAGACGGCUAGAGACGCAGCACUCGGCCAGCGUUAGACGAGGACGAGCGAAAGAAGUACCCUUUGGUGUGCGAGCGUUAGAGAAAGGUGUCGAGGUUGAAGGCGUGUGGAAUUCGAAAGUCAACACGCCUGCUCCUAGUGCACCUGCCAGUCCAACUUUGUCUGCGACGACGACAAAGCCCAAAAACCCUUUCGAUUCCUCCGAUACAGCAGCAAGUACGGCGUCCCUCACAUCGAUUGCUCCCCGCGUCGAAAUUAGGAAGGCUACCGAGCAUCACCCUCCGCUUUCUGGUAUUGAAGUUCUUUCCCGUGGGAGACCUACUUACAAGCCACACCGCUCGUCAGGUCUUCGCUUCAGCAAUUCUCACGAAGCUGUAGGUUGUGUGGAUGCCCUGGCCCAUCUCGCCGCUCGGUCCAAAACACAGUCAAAUCAAGAAGACCUCUCUCAUAGCUCUCAGUCAGGGUCUUCCGGCUCGAGCACUGACGGACGUGUUGCUUUUCGAUACUCGUCCGAAAUCGAAUUUCCGCCGCCGGACAACAACCAGCUACAAUCUGCUUCCUUCAAGCCAUCGCCGACAGAUUCCCGGACAUGCUACGAAAGCAAUCCUUUCCUAACCCCAGCAACAGCUCGUGAUUCCGUUGAUGAAGACGUCCCCUUAGAUCAUCUCAGCGGACUAAUUCCACCAGAAAAUCACGGUGAUCACACAACUUACCAGCAACAGCUUCUUGACGGCGCUGAAAUUGUGUACGAUGAAGGACACGCACAGCCCUUUCGUUCUUUCCAAGCUGAACGUCGAUCUCAAGUUAUCAGGAAGAUCAACUCAGGGUUUGAGAUCUUGAAGCCUGGAACUUUGGAUGCUCCGAAAGGACAAAGUGCAAGCCCUUCAAUAGUACAAGCAGGCGCUAAUAUUAGUGAGGGUCGCCCACCACGGAAAUUGCAGAAAAAGUCCAAGCGCCAUAGCCUAGGUACUGCCAGCAUCAACGGGGCUCAGGGCCUUGGGGAACAGAGUUCGUAUGCAUAA